AUGCCGGCGGAUCCUUCGCCGGCGCCGACGCUACCGGCGGAGAGCAGCCAAGCGCCAAAGCGCCAUCGGUUUGUUCGGAUUACCGACGACGACGACGAGGAGGAGGCCGCACCGUCGCUGGUCCGAAGGCCUCAUAGCCGUCCGGACACCAUGCCGACCACUGCUGAUCGGGUGGCCAACGACCCUCCUGCGCCUCGCGUCGCGGAGACGGGGGCACAGGUGCCGGCCGGCAGGGCUAGGAGGAGAUUCACUGCGGCCCACCGCCGAUUAGACCUCGCGGCGUCAGAUGUGAACCCCGACCACCCCGCCAGACAGGGGGUGGUCGAGCCUACUUGCGCUACUGAGGACGCGGCGCCGCAGACCGAAGAGCAGCCCGCGGCUGUGGCCGUGCCUAAGAGCACCGAGGAGCUCCCAGCCGCGGCACGGACUACGGCGAGCGGCCCGACAAGGGUCGAGGAGAGGGAAGGAAUAGUGCUGGGACACUUAGUGUCUGAAAGAGGAAUUGAGGUAGACAAAGCUAAAAUUGAAGUAAUUGAACAACUACCUCCACCCGUGAACAUAAAAGGAAUUCGAAGCUUUCUUGGCCAUGCUGGUUUUUAUCGUAGAUUCAUAAAAGAUUUUUCAUUCAUUGCUAGACCACUUACUCUUUUGCUAGCCAAGGAUGCUCCUUUCGAAUUUGAUGAUGCAUGUCUAACAUCUUUCAAUUUAUUAAAGAAAGCACUCAUCUCUGCACCAAUCAUUCAACCCCCUGAUUGGUCGUUGCCUUUUGAAAUUAUGUGUGAUGCUAGUGAUUAUGCUGUGGGGGCAGUAUUGGGACAAACUAAAAAUAAGAAGCAUCAUGCAAUUGCUUAUGCCAGGUAUGUACCACCAGGAGCAAACAAAAAGAAGCUUAUUCAAGAAAGUCGUUCACAUAUAUGGGAUGAGCCAUACCUCUUCCGAGUAUGCUCUGAUGGCUUACUUAGGAGAUGUGUGACCACUAACAGAAGAUGUGGGCCAUGUCAAAGGCACGGAAACAUAAAUACAAGGGAUGCAAUGCCACUCACCAACAACCUUCAGAUUGAGCUCUUUGAUGUCUGGGGAAUAGACUACAUGGGUCCAUUUCCCCCAUCAAAGAAGUGUGAAUACAUCUUGGUGGCAGUUGACUAUGUCUCUAAGUGGGUAGAAGCAUUACCUUGCAAGCAUGCCGACAACGUCAGUUCAAAGAGGAUGUUUGAAGAAAUUAUAUUUCCAAGAUUUGGAGUCCCCAGAGUAGUGAUAAGUGAUGGAGGAGCACACUUCAUCGACAAACGCUUCAAGCAAUAUCUAUCAAAAUAUGGAAUCCGUCACAACGUCGCUACCCCCUAUCAUCCUCAGACAAGUGGCCAAGCAGAGACUUCCAACAAACAAAUCAAGAAUAUUCUUCAGAAGACAGUAAAUGAAAUGGGAACGGCGUGGAAAGACAAGUUCCCCGAUGCACUCUGGGCAUACCGGACAACAUACAAGACCCCAAUUGGAAUGUCUCCAUACCAAUUGGUGUACCGGAAGACUUGCCAUCUACCUGUUGAACUAGAGUUCAAAGCACACUGGGCCAUAAAGAGAUGGAAUAUGGACCUAGAUGUUGCUGGAGAUUAUAGAAGAAUGCAACUAUUAGAAUUGGAAGAAUGGCGAGAGAAAGCAUAUCACAAUUCAAAGAUCUACAAAGAAAGAGUCAAAGGGUGGCAUGACAAGAGAAUCAAGAAGAAGGAGUUCACACUCGGAGAUAAGGUAUUACUUUUUAAUUCCAGGGUAAAGCUUUUCAGGCAUGGAAAACUCCGGAGC